CGGCAUACCACGCAUGUUUUCGGGUGGGGGAAUCGGAGAAUGUUUCCCACUCGCUCUCUUUUUUCUUUUACAGUUUACUGUUGUGUUCGUACUGCAUAUCCAUAAAGCUGUAGUAUCGUCAAUGAAUUGAAGCAUCUUCCUUUGUUGUAGACGCCAACUUUGUCUUCGUGAAACUGCAGAUCAGUUGCUCCAAGAUCGAGCGUAUGGUGGAAGGAGCGACGUCCGCCAAGCAUACGCCAAAUUGCCAAAGAAGAUGGAAAACUCGUCGCUAGAAGUUCUUUCGCAGGCGGCAACGUUCGUUGAAACUGAGUCCGCAGGUGAGAAAUGUGAGGCGAUCAGCUCCCCGCGAUGCUUCAAGAAAAGAGCCAUUGCAAACGCGAGGCAAGAUGGCUAUUGUGCACCGCCAGCGCAGAAACUCCGUCGAAAUGGAAACUUGGAGCCCUUGGCUCAUCAGACACAGCGUCCCGCGAGCUCGAGCGACUCGGAUGACGAUGCAGACCAGCCGCUGGACAUGAGCAACAAGUCGAGAACAAUACCGGAGGCACGUCAGCAGCUGCGACCCUCCGUCAUCACCUGCGCUUUCCGAACGCAGUGCCACGUUAAAGAUGUCGCAGAUACAUCUGACAGUUCAGAGGAGAGGGUAUCUUCUACUCCAGAAGAAUCUCACCUUCCUCCCGAUGAAUCCAGUAUGUGUGACCCAGUGAUUGAUGAGCACUUUCGACGGUCCCUGGGAAAAGACUAUGCGGAACUGUUCACCCCCAACACCUCGAGUAGUGUGUCUGUCACUGUGGACGACCACUUUGCAAAGGCCCUGGGAGACACUUGGGUCCACCUUCAGAAGCAGACGACAAAACCUGGGGAGGAGUCAGGUGACCGAGGGUCAGAUAGUGGCGACCGCGCUUCCUCACUUGCAAGGUGCCGUCUUGUCAUGGAAGUAUCGUCUCCAGAGGGCCUUACUGCUUAAAUGUAUAUAUUUGUUUGAGUUACA